UUUUGUUGGAGUCACGUUAUCGGCGCUAUGGCGACCGCAACUAAGUUGUGUCAUGUUGACGCUGCCUCGAGAAUAUGCUCUUCCCUCAGCAAACAUGGCCGCCGAGGCUUCGGCGCCCAACUUCCGUCGCGGGGAGGCGCUCUGGCCUAAGACGCGGCGCUGAGGUUACAGCUGGAACGUCACGCGCGGGAAAGAGCCCGGUGCGCGCGGGUGGUCACGUGCCUUCCUCGGCUGGUGACGCGGCGACACCGACACCCGCCAUCUUGUGUGACCGGCGCGGGGGGAGGGGCAGGAGCGACCGAAACUCGAGGGGCUCGCAGGCUCCGCCUCCUGAACCAUAAAUGCUUCUCAUGUGGUGGGACAGAUCUCCUUCCGUGACGUUUCUCGUGGGAAAGGCUGCACGAGCCUGUGAUGGACCAUAGGAAUACUGCUAUGUUAGGAGGAGGAUCUGAUUCAGAAAGGCCUGUGGAACCCUCUUCUGUCGUGAAAGGCAAGAAAGACACCGCGCAAGAGAUCAGCGGGAAGGAGCCCGACGGCGCGCAGGCCAGCUCCACCGCAGACGCAGCACAGCAAUUCUCCGUCACAGAGACCAACUUCUCGGAGGGCAACUUAAAACUAAAAAUUGGUCUUCAGGCCAAGAGAACUAAAAAGCCUCCAAAGAACCUGGAGAAUUAUGUCUGCCGUCCCGCCAUAAAAACGAGCAUCAAACAUACGCGGAGGGCCCCCAAGGGCGGGAAGAUGCCAGAGGACAGAAGGGAGCCGAUCUCCCUCAAACAGGAUGCCUCCAACGCUCGCAAGGCCUCUGGAGACGACCCGAAGCUUGACUGUCAAAAGGGGGAGCGCUUCCAUCCUUCGCGGGAAGACAAGCUUUCCAGCUCCACCAACUCUUCACCUUUGCACUCGGAAGUAACGGCUCAGACACAGACUUCGUUAUCCGCACCCGGUAAUAAAACAGACCUUGACUUAAAGGACAGAGCGCCAGCCAACGGCACCAGCGUCACCGAGAAGCUCGCUCAGCUCAUAGCUACCUGCCCUCCUUCCAAGUCUUCCAAGAACCGAGCCAAAAGACAAAGCGGCUCGGCCUGUCACGCUGCGCUCCCCCAAGACGGGACUUCUGCCGCUGAGACUGUCCGUCCUGCUGUAGAGCGCUUGAAGACCUCUUCCUCUGUACGUGGCGGCUCCCUGGAGGGCAUUGAAAAAGAGCUUUUACCCAAUAAGAUGAGCAGCAAAACCUUUGACAGGGGCAAUGUACGUCAAGCCAAGGGCAGCACCCUGGAGAAGCCGGCCGUCGGGAAAGAGGCGACCGGUGAGGACGUUCUCGGUGAGCGGACUUCCCUCCCGCAGGAGAAACCUUUGCUUGGAGAGAAAGGCGUCCCUGACGCCAGCGCGCAGGAGAAGCCGCUCCCUGUAUAUUGCACUUCCUUGGACUAUAGAGCGGGUGUCGCAUCGGAAGCGUCCACUGCGGUGUCGCCUUUCAGUGCCAUCGGCGAGGGGAACCUGCCUUCGCCGGCCCCGGCAACGUGUCUGACAUCCUCUAGCAGAAGCCCCAGUGUGAAUACCCCCAGCUGUCCCUCCGAUUCAUUGCACUUAAACUCUGCCCCCGAUCAGGUGGAAUGUAUUCACGAAGCCAGCGACAAGAGCCAGUACGUCCCCGAACACAGAACCUUUCAUCGCAGCGCCGACUCUGAUUUUUUAACGUGCAAUAAGGGUUGUAAAGAAUCUAAAAAUGAUAUUACGAGAACUCAUUUGCCCCCCCGAGCCCAUGUACCGGAGAAAAAGCCCAUCCAGCCGGUGGCACCGGGUAGCCACAAAACAAACCCUUCCGUCGUCAGUUUCGCCAGUCUCCUUCGCAAAAAGCAGCUGCUGAAGUUAAGCAGCGCGGCGGACGACACAAUGCGCGGCGCCCAAAAUGUGAAUGCAACUGCCCAGGCCAGACAGCUGAAAAAGAGGAAAGGGAAACGGCCCCGGUGGACUAAAGUAGUGUCCAAGAGCCCAGGGCAGUUAUCGAGAGAGCCUCCGGGGCACGGCCUCAUGGAGCGCGUUUCUCACUCAAAACAGAAGCCUCAACAGCCAAGUCCGGUAAAGUGUAUGGGGCAGAUAUCGUUUUUGGGCCAAGUGGCAGCACUGUCCAAAGCGUGCGUUUCUGACACGGGACGCCCUCCUUCUAAGUUAACAACACAACGACUUUACGGUACCCACGGAACCUACACCAGCGCAUGCUGUCCUAAAGACGCCUUUGCAGGUCGUACAGCCAAGCGAGGGAGCUCUGGAAGCGACGGCAUGCCUCGGCUGGACGGUCUGCCCAAAAGGGCUCUAAAAAUUCCAACUUCCAAAUUCGUCUCGUCGAAAGAAGACCAGGGACCGCCGGUUCUCGUGCCCGAGGUGGAGAUGCCCUCUUUGAAGCAAAAUACGCCAGCGCCACCGUUUCCUAGGAAGAGAGGCCGGCCUCGGAGGGCGCUGGCGCCUCCGCUAACGAGGACUCCGCCGGUUCUCUCGGUCGCCCCUUUUGUCUGCGCGGAUAGCCCGGGCAUGACGCUCGCUCCCGGGGACAGACCUAAAAGCGGCGAGCUUUCAAACCCCAAGGAUCUGGAGCCUUCUAACCUAAAAGUGGCGUGCUCGGAGCCAGACAGAAAAUCCGCCAAGAAAAGCAACGGGCAAAUGGUGAAAACCAUUAUCUGCAAGAUAAACAAGAUGAAGACCAUAAAGAGGAAGAAGCUUCUCAACCAGAUCCUGUCCAGCGCAGCGGAGCAAGCGAGCCCAGGGAAAGCCCCGUCCAAGCUGCCGGGAGCCGCCUGCACCCUCGCAGCCACGUUUACUUCCAAGCUGGGCCAGCAGAUAAACGUGAGCAAGAAGGGGACUAUUUACAUAGGCAAGAGGAGAGGACGCAAGCCCAAGGCCAUGUUGGAUUCCCUUCCCGGCGCGGACUCGCUGGAAAAAUCCAACCAGCAAACCACGAACGUGGCGAGUCAGACCGGGCCGCCCUUAAUAUCUCCGGCGACGUCGAGUCCCGACAGCCUUCCUUCUCCCGUCAGCGGAGCCAGUGGUGCCCAGAGCCCGGUGGGCAGCGAUGCCAGCUUCGUAGAGCCCAGCUCGCUGCCCUAUUUACACGUGAAUUCCAGGCAGGGCAGCUUCCUUCAAACGCUCGCUAUGAGGAAAGUCUCUAAGGAGAGCAGGCAGCUGUCUCCCCCUGCUUUGCUGCCAAAUUCCCCCACCCACCUGAGCGACCUGGCCCUGCUUAAAGAAGCCACUCCUUCGCCCAUUAGCGAGUCGCACAGCGACGAGACCGUUCCCAGUGACAGCGGCAUCGGAACCGACAAUAACAGCACUUCGGACAGAGCCGAGAAGCUCUGCGGGCAGAAGCGGCGGCGCCAUUCUUUUGAGCACCUCUCUCUGCUGCCCCCGGAGAACUCGGCUGUCUUGAGUAGCCUUAAAGAAAAGCACAAGCACAAGUGCAAGCACAGGAGCCACGACUUCCUCGGCUACGAUAAAACAAAGAGGCAAAAGAGGAAACGCAAAAAGAAGUACCCCCAGCUGCGCAGCCGCCAGGACCCAGGCUUCUUGGGAGAGCUUGAGGAGCUGAUCAGUCGCUUGAGUGAGGUUCGAAUAACCCAUCGUAGUCACCACUACAUCCCUCGGGACCUGCUGCCCACCAUAUUCCGCCUCAACUUUAACCAUUUCUACAGCCAUCCCACCUUCCCGCUGGAUCCCUUGCACUACCUCCGGAAGCCCGACCUGAAGAAGAAGAGGGGGAGACCCCCUAAAAUGCGAGAAACUAUGGCCGAGGUGCCUUUCAUGCACAGCCUUGGCUUUCCUCUGUCUGGCAGCGGCUUUUACCCCUCGUACGGCAUGUCCUACUCUGCCUCUCCCAUCGCUGCUACCCCUAUCGGCCUAGGAUAUUAUAGCAGGUACCCGCCAACCAUCUACCCUCCUCCUCCUCCUCCUUCACCUUCCUUCACCGCUCCCCUUCCUCCUCCGUCUUACAUGCACACGGGACAUCUCCUCCUCAAUCCCGCCAAGUAUCACAAGAAGAAACACAAACUGCUCCGCCAGGAGGCCUUCCUCGCCGCCGGCAGGACGCCUCUCCUGUCUGUCGGCACCUAUCCCAGCGUCCCCCCGGAAGUGGCCUACGGCUGGAUGGUUGAACACAAGCACCGCCACCGGCACAAGCACCGCGAACACCGCUCGGCGGAGCAGCCGCAGCUGUCCGGGGUCAGCUCCUCGAGGACGGUUUUGGAGUCUUUAAAACGCUACAAGUUCGGGAAGGAGGCCAUGGCUAACCGGUACAAACAUAAAGAGAAGCACCGCUGUCACCUGUCCUGCGCCCACCUGUCCCCCGCUAAGGGUUUAUUAGGUAAAGAUGAGCAGUGGUCACGGAGGGAGCAGUCCGAGUGCGGCUCGCUGCCUUUGGGCUUGCACACUCCGUUGCAGAUAGACUGUUCUGACGACUUGACGGACCUUGCGCUCGGUGGCUUUACUCCCUGCUCGGAGCCGCCGAGUGGCGACGAACAUACAAACAUCUUCGCCAGCGCGAUGGGUAGCUGCCGGGCCGGCGGCGUCUCCAGCCCCGGCACAGGACGCAAGCCGCUACACGACGGCCCGGGCUUUUUCGCUGAGAACUCCUUCAAUCGAUGUCUGAGGAAGGAGCGGCCGCCCUCCGGUGAGAGGGUCCCCGUUGGCGUGUCAGCCCCCCAGGAGCGGACCCUGAGGCCGUCGGAGAGCCCGUCGCGCAGGAGGACGGCGUCUGAGAGCGCGGCACCGGCAGUGAUGGUGGUUCCUUCGCGAGGAGGGAGACUUUCUUCAUCGCUGGAGGAGUCCGCGGACAGCCUGCCGCAUCGCACGGCACUCGGUGAAAAGCAUGGCGGCGUGGACACAGAGGGCGUCCUCACUGCUAACGCGUCGCUCCCCGCAUCGCCGAGCGCUGCCACGAUGCACAGCCGGGAAAAGAGCUUGCUGAUCCCGGCGUCCCCCGCAGACCCCUCGCCCGACGGCCGGCGGCUUUCUGGCAGCUGCUCUCCUCCUCACCACCUGAAGAGGAGCGUGGUGGAGGCCAUGCACAAACAGGCCCGGAGGAUGUACAACUACGGCAAAAUUCUGGCAACCAAAAAAAACAUGGACCACGUCAAUAAGAUCCUGAAAGCCAAGAAGUUACAGAGACAGUCGCGCACGGGCAAUAACUUUGUGAAGAGGAGACCGGGGAGGCCGCGGAAGUACCCCCUGGAGUCUGCCCUCCCCGUACAGGCCGCGCAGGGCUCCCCGCUUCUUAGCGACACGGCGGCCGUCAGGGAAGGCCCAGGCGUCAGGGCGGACACGGUCACUGACGUCAUCGAGGCCGUGGUUCAGAGUCUUAGCGUGCGAGAGGGACACGGGCGAGGCUGGAAGAGGAAGCAGACGAGCGCGGAGGAGCAGGCGACCAAGCGGCAGAGACCGGUAACGGACAGCGCGCGGUACAGAGACGGCAGCAGUUUUAUGGUGACGGCUGACAGCGGCUGCCCCGUGCUUCGCGAGGUUAGUGGGAGCCAUGAAAACCCUGACCGGGUCCCUGCACCGGACGCUGCCUCCGUCAUCCAGCGAGAGAAAAAAGCAGCGCGCCCUCCCAAGAAAAAGUUCCAGAAGGCCGGACUGUUCUCCGACGUCUACAAAGCAGUAGAUCCUAAGAGUCGGCUCAUGCAGCUGAAGAAGGAGAAGUUGGAGUAUAUCCCUAGAGAGCACGAGUAUGGUUUGCUGCCGGCCCCCAUCCACAUUGGGAAGUACCUGAGACAGCGAAGAAGCGACUUCCAGCUUCCCUACGAUAUUCUCUGGCAGUGGAAGCACAAUCAGUUAUACAAGAAGCCAGACGUUCCGCUGUACAAGAAAAUCCGUUCCAAUGUCUAUGUGGACGUUAAACCUUUUUCCGGUUAUGAAGCCACGACAUGUAAUUGCAAAAGUCCAGAGGCCGGCGAAGAGAAGGGUUGUGUGGAAGACUGUCUGAACCGCAUGAUUUUUGCCGAGUGUUCCCCAAACACGUGCCCGUGUGGUGACCAAUGCAACAACCAGCGGAUCCAGAGGCACGAAUGGGUCCAGUGUUUGGAGCGAUUCCGGGCGGAGGGCAAAGGCUGGGGCAUCCGCACCAAGGAGCCCCUAAAAGCCUCUCAGUUCAUCAUUGAAUACCUGGGAGAGGUGGUCAGCGAGCAGGAGUUCCGGAACAGAAUGAUUGAACAGUAUCACAACCACAGCGACCAUUACUGUCUGAGCCUAGACAGCGGCAUGGUGAUCGACAGCUACCGCAUGGGAAACGAGGCCCGCUUCAUAAACCAUAGCUGUGACCCCAACUGCGAGAUGCAGAAAUGGUCUGUGAAUGGCGUGUACCGGAUCGGUUUGUACGCGUUGAAGGAUAUGCCUGCAGGGACGGAGCUGACUUACGAUUACAACUUCCAUUCCUUCAAUACGGAGAAGCAGCAACUUUGCAAGUGUGGCUUUGAGAAGUGCCGGGGCAUCAUUGGAGGCAAGAGCCAGAGGAUGAACGGUCAGCCCAACAAGGCCAACCAGCUGCUGUGUGCUCACCGGAGGCCGGGCCGCUCCAAGGAGAAGCGCAAGUCCAAGCACAGACUGAACAAGAGGAAAGGUCAUGCUCCAGAAGAUCGCAGUGACGCCGUGGGGACCCCGACCAGGCUGAGCUCGCAGCUCCACAUGAAGCCCAUGUCAAACAGAGAGAGAAACUUUGUGCUGAAGCAUCACGUUUUCCUCGUGAGAAACUGGGACAAGAUCCGUCAGCGUCACGAGGAUGCCAAGAACGACCUCCAUCAAGCGUCUCUGUACAGCCGCUGGAACGGCAUCUGCCGGGACGACGGUAACAUCAAGUCUGAUGUCUUCAUGACUCAGUUUGCUGCUCUGCAGACCUCGCGCUCCGUUCGUACCAGACGGUUAGCGGCAGCAGAAGAGAACAUCGAGAUCGCGAGGACGGCCCGUCUGGCGCAGAUCUUCAAAGAGAUUUGUGACGGCAUUAUCUGUUACAAAGAUUCCUCCGGUCGGGGCCUGGUGUCUCCUCUGCUCAGUCUUCCACCCAAGAAAAAAAACCCCUAUUACUACGAGAAGGUGUCCGACCCCCUGGACCUGCUCACUAUCGAGAAGCAGAUUCUCACCGGAUAUUACAAGACGGUUGAGGCGUUCGAUGCCGACAUGUUGAAGGUUUUUCGCAACGCUGAGAAGUACCACGGGAGGAAGUCGGAAAUUGGAAGAGAUGUCUGCAGACUGCGAAAGGCUUAUUAUAACGCGCGCCACGAGGCUGCUGCGCAAAUCGAUGAGAUCGUCGGCGAGACGGCCAGCGAGGCCGACAGCAGCGAAGCGUCUCUUUGCGACAAAGAUGGCGGCCACGAGAAGGAUGACGAUAUCAUUCGAUGCGUUUGUGGUCUCUAUAAAGACGAGGGACUGAUGAUCCAGUGUGAGAAAUGCAUGGUUUGGCAGCAUUGUGACUGCAUGGGUGUGACGUCCGACGUGGAACACUAUCUGUGCGAGCUGUGUGACCCGCGCCCCGUGGACAGGGAGGUCCCGAUGAUUCCUUGCCCUCAUUACGCACAGCCGGGUUUUAUCUAUUUCAUCUGCCUUCUGCGAGAUGAGCUUCUGCUGCGUCAAGGUGACUGUGUGUAUUUAAUGCGGGACAGUCGGCGGACUCCAGACGGGUUGCCGGUGCGUCAGUCAUACAGGCUGCUGAACCACAUCAACCGUGAGAAGCUGGACAUCUUCCGCCUCGAGAAGCUGUGGAAGAACGAGAAGGGCGAACGCUUUGCGUUUGGUCACCAUUACUUCCGGCCGCAUGAGACUCACCACUCGCCAUCGCGCCGCUUUUACCACAACGAGCUGUUCCGGGUGCCGCUGUACGAGAUCAUUCCCCUGGAGGCCGUCGUCGGCACCUGCUGCGUGCUGGACCUGUACACGUACUGCAAGGGGAGGCCGAAGGGGGUGAAGGAACAAGACGUUUAUAUCUGUGAUUACCGCCUGGAUAAAUCUGCCCACCUCUUCUACAAAAUCCACCGCAACCGCUUCCCCGUCUGCACCAAAAGCUAUGCCUUCGACCAUUUCCCCAAGAAGCUGACGCCAAAAAGGGACUUCUCGCCUCACUACGUGCCCGACAACUACAAGCGGAACGGGGGCAGAUCUUCAUGGAAAUCGGAGCAACCCAAACCUUCCCGAAGGGACCUUCCCCCCGAGGAGGAUCCCCAGCCCCUGAUGGACGAGCUGCUGCCUAACGAGGAGGUAUCUGCCCCCGAGGAGGCUGAACAAGAGCUCUCCGCUUUGGAGGUGAUUGAGUCCCAAGCGGAAGAGAGCUGCUCGCUGCCUCCCCAAAUGCGUGGCCCUCAGGAGAGACAGCAGGCGCAGAGAGACAAGCUCAACCGGAUCUUACUGCGACUUCUGGAGAGACUCCCGGGGAAAAACGCGAUCGAUGUGACUUAUCUCCUGGAGGAGGGCCCGUGCCGCAAACUGCGCCGCCGCACGCUCACGCUGCCGGACUGCGUCUACAGGAAGUGACAGGCGACGUCUGUGUGAGGAGAAGCGAGUGGAC